ACUCGCAGCUCAUAGGGCGGCCUGCCUUCCAGAGGGCCUUGGGACUGGAUCGAAAGAUAUAUCUACUAGAAACAAUGAAGAGACACCGUCGACUAGCUCUGUUCGAUCAGAUGUCGGUUUCUCUCAACCAGGCCCCAGCGAUAUUGGAAGUUGUUCUCCACGGACGGGUCUCAGCGACGAAGCCAGUCAAAACCAAAGGGCUAUCUCCGAAGAAGGCGGGUCUGGUAGGCUCAGCCAUUGCCCCUCCUCUUCAGCGAUCGGUAGUGGACGAAAACGAAAACAAGCGAAUACAGGAACAAACGACACCUGCAGGAAAAAGCAAGCCCGUCGUGAGGGAUUCUCCCAUCCAAACAGUUCUCCACAGCCAGGGCCCAGCGGUUAUAACCCGGGACGGCCGGCAACAACACCCUCACCAACAUCCGGUGAAAUAAGCCAACAUUUCAACGGGGCCUUAACAACGAUCGACGUGCC